GCCAGGUAUAUAAUAGUAUAGACGAGGCGCGCUCGCAUAGUGGUGUGUAAGGCAUUAUCACAGAUAGACAACUUAGUGUUAGUAAUCGGAAAAUAAUGACCUUCUCAAUACUCUUUGUGUUGGCCGUUUGCGGCAUAGCACAGGUUCUACCCAAGCAAAUACCCAGCUACAUCCAGGUAUGCAAGCGCGACCAGAGCACCAUCGACGACUGCGUGCGGCACUCCAUCGAAGCCCUGCGGCCGCGACUGGCGCAGGGACUCCCCGAGUUGGGAGUACCCGGCAUAGACCCUUUCUACAUCCCUGAGCUUUCAGCCACAAGCGGAGAGAGUCCCAUAAGGGCUGUGGGCAAAGAUGUGAAGGUCACGGGUGCUGGUAACUUCACUAUCAAGGGAUUAAGUGUUGAUCUGGACACGUUCACCAUCAAGGCCCGGGUGCGCUUCCCCAAGCUGCACCUGGACGGGAGGUACAAGGUCGACACCUCAGUGCUGGGCAUCCCUCUGCAUGGCCAGGGCAAUAUGAAGACUGACGCCGUGAAAUGCGACGCGGAGCUGGUGAUCCACGCGCAGACCUUCGAGGUGGACGGUCAAGAGUAUAUAAAAUUUGACAACAUGGACACCAACAUCAACAUCAAAGACUACAGGAUCCGUCUCGACGGCCUCUUUAAUGGGGACAAGGUUUUAGGUGACGCUACCAAUGAAGCCUUGAACCAGAACAGAGGUGAAUUCCUCAGGGCAGCGAAGCCUAUCUUGGAAAGGACAGUCACUAGGCUUCUCCUGGAUAUAGCCAAUAAGGUGGUAAAGGAUAUCAUCCUAGACGAUGUUUUACCAAAACCAUAAUUAAUGAAAGAAAAUGCGAAGUGUGAACGAAGCUUAAGCUGUAAAUCGUGAUUUCUCUUUAGGCAAAUUUCGUCUUACGUUGGCUAUGUGUAAGGAUGAAUAUUUGAAUGAAUAUUGAAGAGGAAUCAACCUUAUAUAAUUCCGUUAUAAUAAAUUGUAAGUAAUUUUAAAUGAUUUUAAAGAUACAAUUUUUAGUUCUUUUGCAUUUUCUCGAUAAUUCCUAAUAAGUAUUGUACAGAUAUAAUAUUUUUGAAAUGUAUUUAAAAAGAUUUAAGUAGAUAGAUAGACGUAAUAAUUUAAAAAUUGCAAUGAUUUCGUGAUAAUAACAUUAUAACAUAAACCAUUUUAAUUGUAAUUACGUCAACUGUUUUUUGUGAGCCAAAGGAGCGAGCCGAUGUGACAUAACUAUGAAAUUGUGAUUUUGUUAUUAGUUGUAUUAAAUAACCAAAUUUUUACGAAAA